AAUAACAGGAAUUGCUACAGGAGUUAGUGCUCUGCUGCUUGCUGGCUGUUGUUUAUGCCUCGAACUCAAUAGAAGAAAGUUGGUCACGAUGAAGCGAAAAUUCUUUCUUCAAAAUGGUGGGUUAUUGCUGCAAGAACAACUUAUUAGAAAAGAGAAGUCAACAGAUAUAGCAAAACUAUUCACAUCUGCAGAGCUAAAGAAGGCAACAAACAAUUUUCAUAACAGUAGGAUUAUUGGUCAAGGAGGAUUUGGAAUAGUGUACAAAGGCAUCUUAUCAGAUAAUCGAAUAGUUGCCAUCAAGAAAUCCAAACAAGUUGAUCCAAACCAAGUUGAGCAAUUUAUCAAUGAGGUGAUUAUUCUUUCCCAAAUCAACCACAAAAAUGUUGUUAGACUCCUUGGUUGUUGUUUAGAGUCACGAGUUCCUCUCCUAGUUUACGAGUUCAUCGACAAUGGUACUCUUUUUGAACACAUAAACAACAAAACAAAGGCACGCAUUCUUUCUUGGGACAAGCGCUUAACAAUAGCUGCAGAAGCUGCUGGAGUUCUUACAUAUUUGCACUCUGCGGCUUCUCCUCCAAUCAUACACAGAGACGUCAAAUCAGCAAACAUUCUCUUAGAUGCUAAUUUCACAGCAAAGGUCUCAGAUUUUGGGGCAUCAAGAUUGGUUCAUAUGGAUAAAACUCAAUUAUUUACUAUGGUGCAAGGAACCUUUCGAUACUUAGACCCUGAAUACUUUCAAACAAACCAAUUGACUUAGAAAAGUGAUGUUUAUAGCUUUGGAGUAGUUCUUGUGGAGUUACUAACAGGAAAGAAGGCAUUAAGUUAUGAUCGACCAGAGGAAGAGAGAAAUUUAGCCAUCUAUUUUCUUUUAAUGCUAAAACAAGGCAACUUAUUCCAAGUUCUUGAUGAUAACAUUGUACAUGAAGGAAACAGUGAACAAUUAAUAUCGGUUGCUAUGCUCACAAAAAGGUGUUUAUACGUUAGAGGAGAUGAUAGACCUAGUAUGAAGGAAGUAGCUAUGGAACUUGAAGGUCUAAGGCUAUCAGGAAAACACUCAUGGGCACAAACUGAUCCCAAUGCAGAAGAGAUGGAAUCUCUUGUCUCUGUGGAAUUGAAAACCUUUGUAAAUGGUGAGGGUAAUGGUACAAGUGCUGUAUAUGAUAGCAUGGGGGAUCAUAUUGUUCUACCAGUGGGUAGUGGCAGAUGAUCAAAAGGCAAUUAUGGCAUUUUAGCAUAUCCAGCAAGAGACAGAAUCUAUUAAUGGAGGUGGUUUACAGUAAACUUUGUGAUUCAAU